AGUAAUAAUUAAAAAUGGGACUUGGACGAGUAAUGAUCAAAGAUGGGGGCUUUGCGACCCAACUAACUGUCCAUGUGGGCAAUCAAGUCGAUGGUGACCCACUGUGGAGUGCAAAGUUUAAUGCUACAAAUCCACAAGCCAUCAUCGACACACAUUUGGACUUUCUUCAAGCCGGCGCAGACAUUAUCUUAACUAAUACUUAUCAAGCCAGUGUGGAAGGUUAUGUUGAGUACUUGGAGAUGGAUGAGGAACAGAGCAUUGAACUGAUAAGACGUACUGUCGAGUUUGCUAAAGUAGCCAAGGAGAAAUAUCUUCGUGAAUGCUAUGCUACCAAUCAGAGAUUACAAGAUGGUCUUCCAAUGAUCAUUGCAUCGAUUGGACCAUAUGGAGCACAUUUACAUGAUGGUUCUGAAUAUACAGGAUCUUAUGCCGAUUAUGUUGCACCAAGAGUUAUAGCCCAAUGGCAUAGAACUCGAAUUGAUGCGUGUCUUGAGGCCGGUGUUGACGCUUUGGCUAUUGAGACAAUUCCGUGCCAGGCUGAAGCUGAUGCUUUGGUUGAUUUGCUAUGUGAUGAAUAUCCUGAAGUUAAAUUUUGGAUCUCUUUUCAAUGCAAGGAUGCUACAAGCUUAGCUCACGGUGAAAGCUUUAGGGAAGCUGCUUUGUCUAUUUGGGAAAAGUUGACAAAGAGAAAAGCUUUAGAUAAUUGUUUAGCAAUAGGAGUCAAUUGUCUUCAUCCAAAAUUCGUAACUCAACUAUUCCAAAGUCUGAAUGGAAAUCGUACAGAGAAAGACAAAAUCCCACUUGUAGUUUAUCCAAAUAGUGGAGAAAUUUAUGAUGUGAGAAAAGGCUGGACAGGUAAAGAAGAUUGUGUUCCAUUGGAGAAUUAUGUUCCCGAAUGGAUUCAUUAUGGCGCUAAAAUUAUUGGCGGCUGCUGUAGAACCUACGCUAGAGAUAUACAACGCAUGGGCGAUUGUGCUAGAGGUCUUAAAGGAAAGAAGAUUUAGAUUAAGUUUAUUUACUUAUAUUUUAAGUAAAAAAAAAAAUAUAUUAUGUUAUGAAUACAUAGAUUGUUGUCAUAUACUUGUUAAUAUGUACCAUGUACUAUAAAUUAGGGUACAUAAUUUUGAAUUAAUAAAUUUUUAUAAAAUUUUAAGAAUUAAAUAUUGUUAAUACAUAAAUAAAAUAUACCUAAAAUAAAUUCUUUUUUAACGUUAAAA